GAACAUUUAUCAAUCGCACUUUGAGCGUAAUGCCUGACGAUGCGGGGCACAGCGCGCCUCCAGUCGGAGCUGAAGGCGUCAGUGAAGCUGAGAAGUCACUCGCUUCCGACAGCCAUGACUUUCCACUCACGGAAGGAAUGUGCUUGUCAGGCUGGCUAGAAGGCGUCCGGCACAAUCCAUUACUGGAUCAUCGGACGACUGACGCCUUACCCUCGACAGCAGACUACGUGAUUAUAGGUGCAGGGAUCACUGGCUCCUUGUGUGCAUUGGAGCUUCUCAAAACCAACCCGGGCAAAUCAGUGGUCCUGCUCGAAGCGAGGGAACUAUGUUCGGGUGCAACGGGGCGAAACGCUGGGCACUGUAAACCUGAUCAAUGGCGAGGUUUCACAAAAUAUGCGGAGGAACAUGGCAUGGACCAAUCUCUCAAGAUCUUGGCAAAUGAGCAAGAGACGUGGGAGAAACUGGUCGCUUAUGUCCGAGAGCACAAAGUAGAUUGCGAACUUUGGGUCGGCAAGACUCUCGACGUGAUGAUGACGGAGGAUUGUGCGGCCGAUGCAGCAAAGACCAUGGCCGCCUUCAAAGCUGCUGGAGGAGAUGCUAGCAAGAUCGAAGUCGUAACGGAAGCAUUCGAGGCUGAGAGACUAUCCCGGCUGAAAGGUGCGAAAGCGGUUUAUGCGUGGGACGCUUCGACUUUGUAUCCGUGGAAAUUAGUGGCACAUAUCGUCGAAGCCGCAUUGGACCUCGGUCUCAAUGUGCAGACCUGGACUUUGGCGAGAGAAAUACAACCAUCAGAAUCCGACCGCAAGUCCUGGAGGGUGUAUACUGACAGAGGUGCAAUCACAGCUCCGGUCAUCAUACACGCUACCAACGCGUACGCCGGAGCCUUGUUGCCAGAGACGAAGCAUGUUAUACGGCCAACCCCGCAUAUGUGUAAUCGUGUUAUACCGCCAUCCUCGUUCUCUGGUUCAAGAGCCCUUCAGAAUUCAUAUGCAGUGAUCAUGCCCAAUGGCCUAUACUCGAUAAAUCCAAGAUUGGAAGGAGAUGGAGUAAUCCUCUUUGGAGGUUCAGCGCCGAAUCAGCAAAAGUUGAUGGACUACGUCGCUGAGGAUCCUGUCAAUCGACGUGCGGAUGACAGUCUGAUGGAUUUCGAACCGGUCACGGAUGCAGUCAAGACCUUGACAAGGGACAACUUUGGCUGGGUUGACCGUGGCCAAGGAAGCCGAGCGAGAUAUGACUACGCCUGGAGCGGUAUCAUUGGUCGGAGUGCCGAUAACCUCCCUUUCAUCGGCGCUUUGCCUGGAAAACCCGGUCAGUGGAUCUGCGCGGGACACAAUGGUCAUGGCAUGGCACGUAUCUUCACCUGUGCACCUGGUCUCGUCAAACUCGUCAAUGGCGCCACUUGGGAAGAGACUCGCUUGCCCGAGUCCUUUGAAAUCACAACAGAACGCCUAGACAGGCUCCGUGAGGUACAUGGGCAGCGAAACUAGACCUGUGAUGAUUGACGAUACAUCUAUGAUA